CCAGUACUUUGCAUGUUUCUAUGGGUUUGCAAAAUCUGACAUAACGCUCCGUCGGUGCCUUCUAGCUGCAAGACGGCAAAAGUGAGCUCUGGCUAUCCUUAACGAACCCAGUUUCUUCAUCGGACGAUGGGAAUCCGAGUCUCCACUCAGUCAGUUUAGCACCAUUAAGUAUUUUUCUAUGCAGAGCAGAAAUAUGCUGCUUUGGAGUGUACAGUAUUAGAAACAACAGCGAUUAUUGGCUCUCUGGUUUACGACGCACCUUUGAGUUUGAACCAAGAACUGCUGGACACAGGGAGAGAAAAGAUGUUUGUCGCUGAAGCUUACAACGUGGAUGACCGUGGCAGCAAUGCCAACAUUUUGGCGCUCACCCCCUUACGUGGGCACAGUGAGACGGUUCAGUUGCAUUCCCAGGACUGGGAGACUUGAAUCACUGGAAACGAGUUAAUUAUUUGUAUCCUUUGAGAUGUUUCUCUUUUGAGUAUAAAACCAUUUGCUGCCUUUACGUGGCAGUAAGCUUCGGGGGGCGCAAUGGAGCAGUUGGAGGAGGAACUUACGUGCCCGAUCUGCUGCUGUCUGUUUGAAGACCCACGGGUGCUCCUGUGUUCUCACAGCUUUUGCAAGAAAUGCCUGGAGGGGUUGUUGGAGGGAAACCGAGGUCUUGCAUUCAGGACACCUUUGAAAUGUCCUACCUGUCGCAAAGAAACACCCCACAACGGUGCAAACAGCCUCCAAAUUAACUACUCUUUGCGCGGAAUCGUGGACAAGUACAGCAAGAUCAGACUCUUCCCUAAAAUGUCAGUUUGUAAACAGCACUGUGGACAACCACUUAACAUUUUCUGUGCUACGGACCUAAAACUCAUCUGUGGCUUUUGUGCAACGACCGACGAGCACAGGGGGCACAGGUUCAGUUCUUUGGAAGACGCGUUUAAGCGCGAGAAGGAAUCGUUUGAGGAGCUGCAGCGCGGGGUGGAGAGCUGGCAGAGCGCAGACAUCCUGUCCUGUCUGGAGACUCUGCAGGCAGGGAAGAAGAAGGCACUCCAAUCCGUGAGCAGAGACGCAGAGAAAGUGACCGAUUACUUUGACAAACUGAUUAGCACCAUCGAAUGUAAAAAGAACGAGAUCCUUUCUGACUUGGAGACACUGAAGUUGGUGGUGAUGCAAGCGUAUGAUCCGGACAUCACGAGGCUGAGUGCGGCUCUGGAGGAGCAGGAGCGUGCUCUGAGCAUGGCAGAAUCUUUCAAGAGCAUCACGGACCCCCUGUGCUUCCUACAGCAGAUGCAGGAAUUUCGUGCUAAAUUCAGGGUCCUUAGGGAAACCCCACUUCCCAGCUGUAACGAUAUGGACAUUGGACCACUCGUGCGUAAUUUCGAUGUGAAAAAGUGGGAUUCACUAAGGCUCAAAGAGGUGGACAAAAUAAGCGUGCCUCACGAGAAAGUCUCCUAUAGGUCUGGCUGCACGCGGGUAACAGCUCCCAGGUUGAUGGCUUUAUUUCUGCGGCUGUCAUUGGCAGUGGUCCUACUUCUGUCCACGCACACCCUCGCAGCAUCUGCACAGCUCCGCUUUGAACCGCUGCUCAGUGCUGUCACAUCCCACUUCUCUCAGAGCGCCGUGUUUCUGUGCGACCUGGUCUCAUCAUCCACAAGUUUACUAAGUGUAGGCCAGCAAUACCUCAUAAACAUAAUGGACUCCACAGUAAAAUUCUUCAGCUUUUACUAUUAGACACGCAUGAACAUAGACUUAAGUUAUUGUGGAAAUCAUCAGCUUUUUAAAAUGCUCUUGUAGUACAAGUUCGUUAAAUGCAGUUUCUUGCUCAUAUUUAGUUCCAUAGGUUUUAUAGAUUCUCUUUCUUUUGAUAUGGCAUUUUUAUAUCACCAAAAAGAAUAAUUAAAUAAAUUUGACAAGCAGUAGAACAAAA